UCUCUACUGAAAACAAGGAUGAUGACAGCAACUUCCACAUGGAUUUCAUCGUGGCAGCAUCCAACCUGCGGGCAGAAAACUACGGCAUUUCCCCGGCAGACCGGCAUAAGAGCAAGCUGAUUGCAGGGAAGAUCAUCCCAACCAUUGCAACCACCACAGCAGCUGUAGUCGGGCUUGUGUGUUUGGAGCUGUACAAGGUGGUUCAGGGACACCAACAACUGGAGUCUUACAAAAACAGUUUUAUCAACUUGGCUUUGCCUUUCUUUAGCUUUUCGGCACCCCUGGCUCCAACCUGUCACCAGUACUAUGAUCAGGAGUGGACAUUGUGGGAUCGCUUUGACGUACAGGCACUACAACCUGGCGGCAAGGAGAUGACCCUCAAGCAGUUUCUAGACUACUUUAAGACAAAGCACAGGCUGGAGAUCACCAUGCUGUCCCACGGUGUGUCCAUGCUCUAUUCCUUCUUUAUGCCACCCCCCAAGCUCAAGGAACGGUUGGAUCAGCCGAUGACAGGGAUUGUGAGCCGUGUGUCAAAGCGAAACCUGGGCCAUCAUGUGAGGACCCUUGUGUUUGAGCUGUGCUGCAACAACGAGAGUGGAGAGGACGUCGAUGUUCCCUAUGUACGAUACAUCAUCCGCUGACCUCUUACUGACUCUUGUC